UCUUUGAUUGAUUAAUAAAACAAUUGUGCCUCAUCGCCACUCUCUCCUCCGCACGCAGAGACAGACACCGCAUGUGCCUCAUCGCCACCGCGCCCUCCGCCGCGCGACCACUAUGGCCGUCACCUCAGCUAGCCGCCAUCAUCACCGGCUCUUUCCACUAUCUCUCAGGUCGGUCCCUCUCUCCUUCCCACUGAUGCUGCUGCAAACCUUGUUCCCUUAGGCCCUUGACAAGUUUCCUAGCUCUAUCUGUGUUCAUGCUGGUACUCCGCAGCAAAGUGCACCAAUGCUUGUCUAGACUCUAUUCCUCUGCAUCUUCAUCACUGAUAAUGGUAGAUGAAACUCCACAAGUUCAUGCCAAUUCUGAGUUCAACUUGUCUUCUGUGUCUCCAGUUCCUGAGACCAACAGGGAACUGUUUCAUGUAGUGGUUAGGGUGAUUAAGUCCUUGAAUUGGAAGAUUGCUAGAGAAAAAAAAUUUGGUAGUUGGGUUGAGACUCAUGGAUUUUCUCAUUCAGUUAAUUACUUUAGAAUCAUCAUUCACACGUUUGCUAUGGCUGGUAUGCACUUGGAAGUGUUUGCUUUGCUUAGAGAUAUUGUUGGAUACUGCAAGUGUGACGACUCGUUCGAACAGUUUUCGACUUUGUUGGAUUUACCCCAUCAUUCUGUUCUUGUGUUUAAUGUGCUUAUCAAAGUGUUUGCUUCUAACUCUAUGCUUGAGCAUGCCCACCAAGUGUUUGUUAGCGCGAAGAAUGUUGGGCUUGAACUUCAUAUAAGGUCUUGCAAUUUCUUGUUGAAAUGCUUGGUAGAAGCGAAUAGAGCGGUGUUUGUUAGGUUUUUCUUUGUGGAAUUGAUGGAAACCGGUCCGUUGCCAAAUAUCCACACCUAUACUAUCAUGAUGAGUUGUGGAGAUAUUAGACUGGCUGCUGAGAUUUUAGGAAAAAUAUAUAGGAGUGGGGGAAACCCGACUGUUGUCACGUAUGGUACUUAUAUUCGUGGACUUUGUGAAUGUGGUUAUGUUGAUGUUGCUCACAAGUUAGUUCGUAAAUUGCACUGCAAACUCCAUCCUCUAAAUAGUCAUUGUUUUAAUGCUGUAAUUCAUGGAUUUUGUCAGAGAGGUGCAGUAAAUGAAGCGUUGGAAGUUUUGGAAGAAAUGAAGAGCUCGCGAACAUUUCCUGAUGUUUAUAGCUACAACAUGUUACUUAAUGCAUUCUGCAAGAAAGGGGAUGUUGAGAAAGGUCUUGAGUUGAUGAAGGAAAUGGAGCUCUGCCAGAUAAAACCAUCCAUUGUUAACUACACUUCCCUCAUCCUUCUAUGCAAGAAUAAGCUGAAGGGUCAACAACUCUAUGAUAAGUCAUUGGAAGUUUAUAAUAGCAUGCUACAAAAUGCUAUCCGGCCGAAUACAAUCAUUUGCAAUCAUAUUCUUAGGGUACAUUGCAGGGAAGGUCAAUUUAGAGAAGCUUUGACACUGUUGGAAGAUUUUCAUGAACAAGGAAUUAACCUCAACCAAUAUUCAUAUAAUGAAAUCAUCCACAUGAUUUGCAAAGAAAGCUAUCCAAAAAUGGCACUGGAGCUCAUGCCAAGAAUGCUUAAAAGGAAUGUACUUCCGGGAGUUGUUAAUUAUAGUACUCUUAUAUCUGGCUUUGCAAAAGAACAGUCAAAUUUUGAAAUGGUUGAGAGGUUAUUCACAAGGUUGGUAAAAGCAGGGAUCACUUUCAACACCAAGACAUACACAACUCUUAUUAGCAUACAUGGCCGUACUCGCAAAAGGCACAAAGCAUAUUGCAGAUUUGGGGAAAUGAUACAAAGUUGUUUGUGUCCAGAUGAGGUGUCAUAUACAGCUUUAAUAGCUGUCUUUUGUAAUAUCAGAGAAAUGAACGUUGCCUGUGCAUUAUUUCAAGAAAUGUCAAGGAUAGGUUGUUUGCCUAAUCUAUAUACAUAUACUUGUUUGAUUGAUGGAUUCUGCAAGAUAGACUACAUAGAUUUGGCCACACAGCUGUUUGAUGAAAUGAAAAGAAAGGGAAUUUUUCCAGAUGUUGUAACUUACACUGUCCUCAUUGCUUGGUACCAUAAGCAUGGCCGCAUAGGUGAGAAAAAUAAGUUAUUUGGCGAAAUGAAGGCAAAUUGUAUUUUGCUAGAUGAUGGGAUCAAAAAGUUGCAGGACCCAAAACUUGUGCAAUUCAAGAAUGUUGGGUAGCGGUUGGGAGAAGGUACUUGAUGUUGAUUAGUUUCGUGUUCUGGGGAAUUGUAGCAUAUGCUUCUGCUGUGAGUUGCCUCAAAGAUUGGAUGGAAAUCAUCCAGUGUACCUGCCAUAGGAGGUGAAUAUCACAAGGUCAAUCUUUGGGCUAUUGGUGAACAUAACGCUAUGUUGGUUAGUUCUCUUCUCUUAAUCAUUUUUAAAGUUGUAUCUAAAUCACUAGUUUUAUCUUUCUUGUUAGUUAUUUCACUCUGGAUAAAAGUUAAAAAGAUUCCAUUCCAUUGAUUAUAUAAGUGCAUGUUUGGAUACACGAUGGAAAACCACGGUGAAGACAAAAUCACGGUGAACAGCCACAAAAGUCAAGUGUGGUGGCAUGUUAGUAUCUGAUUGCAAGGUAUGAGACUUGAAUGAUGAGUCUCACAUUGGAAGUAUGAGAUUCAAAUUUGGGGUUUAUAAGGCUUUGGGCUCUCCAACUACAAUAACUAACUUUUGUGAUAUGGUUCUCCGCUUCAAAGGUUCUUCUUCUUUGGGCUUGUUAGUACAAUUGUCAUAAUUAACCUGUCAGCAUAAUUAAUUUACCUUUUCUUGAGCAAUUUGAUUCAGUUUGUGUGUGCUAACUCUCAUAGUGUGCUUCUAUCAAGUAUUUAUGCAGCUUCUGAAAUUUGUGAGAAAGGUAAAAGGAUGAGGCGGAUCAUGUAAGAUCGAGCCUAGAGGUUCUGGACAGCUCCAAUGAACCACUUGAUGAAGCUCCAGGACACAUCAUUUCUAGAUUCACAUAGCAAGAACCAUUUAGCACAGCAGAAUCCUCGGAACUUUCCUUAUCAGGCUUUGAAUUGUGAAGGUGUAGUGUGUCAGGAUCUGACAUUGAGUGCAUGUUUGGAAAUCACCAUGAAAUCACGGUGGGCGGCCAUAAAAGUUAAGAGAUGUCCAUCGUGAUUUUUUUUUCACCGUGUAUAUAAACAUGCAUUGAGUUACCAACAGAAUCACAUUGCUGAGACUGUUGAUUCAUAUUCCUUGCAACCGUUUACUACAUUUACAUUCAGUUCAGCUAAGACAGUUGAUUAAUUUUCCUUCAAA